UUUUCAUUUCAUUUGUUAUGUGAUGAUGUGUAAUGAGAAAUAGUAAUUUCGUUAAUGUGUCGCUUGGUCAGAGAACGAUAAUGUUUUAGCUGAUUAUAUUUAGAAAAGUGAAAAGAACUAGCUUUUGGCAAUGAAUUUCAAUGCGAACAAUGCGCGACAAACCACAGGUGGAGGUCUUAAAAAGCCCAAACGUGUAAGUGAUGUAAGCGUAAUGGGUAGCCCAGCAUCUUCUCAAUUCAGCUCGUAUGAACAACACCCUGCACAAAUAAUCAAUCCGGUAGGGUACCCAGCAACGAAUCCUGGGCAAUAUGUUCCGACAAAUACAUACCACCAGGGCUAUGAAAAUUACGGAAAUUAUGCCAACGUGCCACAGCAACAACAUUCGUUACCAAGUAUGACGCCAGAGCACAUAAAUCCUGUUCAACAACAAACUCCUAGUGCAAGCGUAGGUCCUAGUUUUCCGGGGCAAUUUACGGUAUUCCAGCAGCCGAUUGUGCAAGAUAUGGCAAUGCAAUACGGUCAGAAAUUAGCGGACCAAGGAAAGGAAUUAGUUCAUACACAUAUUGAGAGAUAUAUCCCUGUGACGAAACUAAAAUACUAUUUUGCUGUUGACAACAAAUAUGUGAUAAACAAAUUACGUUUGAUAUUCUUCCCGUUCACUCAAAAUGAUUGGUCACUGAAAUACGAUCAGGAUAAUCCAGUUCAACCGCGAUACGACAUUAAUGCUCCUGAUUUGUACAUACCGAGCAUGGCAUACAUUACCUACGUUGUACUUGCUGGUAUGGUUCUCGGAUUGCAAAAUCGAUUUUCUCCAGAACAGUUGGGUAUCCAGGCAUCGAGUGCGUUGGCGUAUAGCAUUUUUGAGCUAAUCAUUUAUGCCCUCAUCUUGUAUAUUGCGAACAUACCAACAACUCUCAAAGCAUUAGAUCUGCUCGCUUUGAGCGGUUAUAAAUACGCGUCUAUUGUAUCGAUUCUACUGACCAGCAUUUUUCUCAAGAAGCCGGGAUAUUACAUCGCAUGGUUGUAUGCUAGUGCUGCUUUGGUGUUUUUCCUGCUUCGCACACUGAAGGCAAAGGUGUUAUCCGAGCCAAUACAAACCAAGGAUCCACCUACGUACGAUCCAUACCUACAGCAACAACAGCAAUUUGAACACACUGUUGGUCGCAAGAGAAAAUUGUACUUUCUGUUUUUGGUAACAGGAUUGCAACCAGUAUUGGCUUUCUGGCUGUCAAUGCAUUUGAUUCCAAAUAAUGCGGCAGUGGUACCAAUAGCAUCAACAACGUAAUAAUUUUAUAUGUAACAAAUCUCACAGUCGAGUUAUAUGCAUGAACUCGAUCAAUAUUGAUAUUGAAAAUAAUAAAUACAGAAUGGAGUUGUGUUGUGAAUGGUCUGUAUCUAUAGAAUCAGUAGUCGUAACAGGAAUUAUGCAUCGAUUUAAGUGAGAAAUUGUUAACCUUUCAAAAAACAACUAAUAAACCACCAGUUUCAGCUA